AUGAUCAUCUACCUACAACUGACCAAGAUUCUCAAGCCACAAAGUACACCAUUCCUGUAUAUCAGAUAUAUCACAAACUUGACCACGUUGCAAGCAACUUCAGUGCCCUCAGCGUCUUCACGUCGAUCCAAUUUCGUUAGCAACAGCAUCCCAUCACUUGAAGAAUUCUUGUUUCAGCAACGAGUCAAACAAGUGUAUCGUACAGUGCUUCGACAAAUCUACAAGCAUCAUGAGCGUGAUGAUUUAAUCAAGUUUGUACGUGACGAGUUCAAAGUCAAUGCCAAUGAACGCGAUUUGAACCACAGGAAAUACUUGUUGAGUUUGGGUGUCAGUCAAAUUGUGUCCAUGAGUGCGAGCUUAGGGUUGAAAAUAGAUCUAUAA